GCUAAAAUCUGUUAAAACAAUGAUAAGUAUUUCAUUGCAGGAUGGAGAUUUAGUUUUAUCCAUAUUAAAAUUAAGUGUGGAUCGUCUGCCAUCCUUUUUGUUAAACCAAUGUUUUGCUUAUUGUUCAAAUUUUUCUAAAGGUUUCAAAUUUCAAAAAGAGGAACUAAUUCAAAUGUGGAUGGCACAAGGCUUUAUUAUUCAACCACAAGAUGGAAGAAAUUUGGUAAUAGAGGAUAUUGGAGAUAAGUACUUCAACAUCGUGUUGUCUCGCUCCUUAUUUCAAGAUGUGGUUAAGGAUGAGAGAGGAAGAAUUACUCAUUGUAAGAUGCAUGAUCUUAUAUAUGAAAUUGCGUGUACUAUUUCACAUUCUAAAAAAUUGCAUUCUGGCCAUGCUAAUUUGUUGGAGGAAGGAAGUUGCACUAAUUGGAGUAGAAAAAGUGUCGUAAAUUUACGUACAUUCAUUUGCGAUGGACAAAUGCUUCAUGAGAUGAUUCAUGAUAGAAUUACAAAUUGCUUCCGCUUGCGAGUUUUAAUAUUGAAUUCAUCGGUUCAAAAUUUACCAGAUUCAAUUGGUAAGAUGAAGCACUUGAGAUACCUAGACAUUUCAGAUUCCAAGAUAAAAGAGAUACGAUACUCUUUCUCUUUGCUUUACAAUUUGCAAACACUAAAGCUUGGAAGGUCAACAAAAAACUUGCCAAAUAAUUUGAGCAAGUUGGUCAGUUUAAGACAUCUACAAUUUCCAAUCCUUAACUUUACCGAGAAAACCAAACAAAUGCCUCCACACUUGAGCCGAUUGACCCAACUUCAAACAUUGUCUGGUUUUGUAGUAGGAUUUGAGAAUGGUUGCAAAAUCGAAGAACUUGGACCUCUGAAAAACCUCAAAGGUAGAUUGGAACUUUCAAACCUGGAGCACAUCAAAAGUAAAGAAGAAGCCAUGACCUCAAAAUUGGUAGAAAAGAAGAACUUAAAUGAACUACUUUUCGAAUGGGAUUUGCAUAUUCUAAGAGAAGGUAGCAUCAACAACAACAAUGACUUAGAAGUGUUGGAAGGGCUUCAACCACACCAAAGUCUACAAUUCUUGAGCAUCAAAAACUUUGCAGGGCAAUUUUUGCCUAGUGGUAUUUUUGUUGAAAAUUUAGUUGUUAUACAUCUACGACAUUGUGAAAGAUGUGAAAUUCUUCCAAUGCUUGGCCAAUUGUCCAACCUAGAGGAACUCAAUAUUUCUUCAUUGAAUCGUGUGAGAAGUAUAGGGAAUGAAUUCUAUGGAAAUGAUGCAACCCAUUUGGCUUUAUUCCCCAAGUUGAAGAAAUUUGUGCUCUCUCAAAUGUACAGCCUAGAGCAAUGGGAAGAAUUAGUAGUCGCAUCAAAUGAUGCAAUUUUUCCUCGUCUGGAAGACUUGAAUAUUCGCGGUUGUCCUAAGUUAACAAGUAUCCCAAAUAUUUUUGGAUCCUCUUCUCAUGCUGGUGUUAGAAACUUUCGAAGUCUACAUAUUUAUGGAUGUGAAUAUUUAUGGAUGUGAAGAAGUGACGAAAUUGCCAAAUGAACUUUGCAAUUCUCUUGAAGAUCUAAAAAUAGUUGGGUGCCUUAAUUUGAUGUUAAAUGUGCAAAAUAUGCACAACUUGUCUCGAUUGUACAUAAAUGGUUUGAGAAUGUUGCCUGAGGGGUUGGCCAACCUCACAAACUUGAAGGAACUCAUAAUUAUUGAGUGCACACAAGAUUAUGAGUUUAGCCCCCUCCUACAACUACCUUCACUUGCAAAGCUUCAUUUGGUCAUUUUUGGAGCAAGUGCAACUGAACAACUUCCACAACAACUUGAGCAUCUCAUUGCCUUAAAAUGUCUAUAUAUUAAUGAUUUUCAUGGCAUUGAAGCUCUACCAGAAUGGCUGCAAAACUUUACAUCCUUGGAAGUAUUGGGUCUUUACAAUUGUAGAAAUUUGCAACGGUUACCGUCGAGGAGAGCUAUGCAACGCCUCAUUAGAUUAAGUCGUUUGGAUGUUUUUGGAUGUCCACGACUGCAGAAUUGGCAGAACUUUUUCCGUUAUGAUCAAAUGAUUUAGAUUCGUGUGAGGAUGUUGAUUGAACCUCCGACCUCUAAAGAAGAAGCAAGAUACUUUAAUUGUUGAGUUAUGUUCAUACUGACGAUCUAGACCCAUGUUACAGUCCAUAUUUAUAUUAUUUUAUAACUUUGAUUAUUUAGAAAACUCAA